AUGACCUCAGUAAAGAACUACACAAAAGGUCGGGGUUCACCCCAGAGAGACCUUCUUCCACCACUGCCAGAUAUUAGGGAAUCAAAAGAGGAAACCAUUUUAGUUUUACCACCAAUACACAAGCAACACAUUGUGCCAGUUACGUCAUACUCUAACAGCAGAGGUCUGGACUACUCACAACCAUGGCAUGAUUCAUAUUUGGACAAUCGAAGAAACAUUCAAAGCAACCUGUUUUGCUUGCAUCCUUCCCAUCAGACAGUGCUGCAGAUGUGCCAGGCAACACUGGGUAACAUGAUACUGGUGGAUGUCAGACAGUACAGGCUGGUUGGCCCCAUGGAUUUUGAAAGCCUAAAGAAUAAUGUUAUUCUUGAUCUGGAGAAGGCAGAAGAAAAACUGAUGCACGGCUGGCAUCCUGGAGUCAUUAACAUAUUUACAGAGAAAGACAGCUUUGCUGACAUCCCUACAGGCAAGAUGGAGUCCUUUUACAACAGUGUUUCCACACUGAUUUCUAAUCAGCUGAAGGAUUUGCUAGUCAGGACCAUUGAUUCCUACACCAGCAUAUUUGAACCAGAGAAUCACCUACACUUGCCGAUUUUGAAGAUGGAACUGAUUUUUGAUGAGGAGAAAAUGCAGUUCUAUCCACCUGUCUCCGACCUGGAGGAGACCGUACUGUUUGUGGUGACCCAGAUUUGCAAAACCAUGCAGCAG